AUGUACUUCCAAGCGCGCGUAUCCACAACCACCGUUCACAAACUAUUCUUCGCCGACGACUGCGCCCUGAACACCACCUCGGAGAAGGAUAUGCAACGGAGCAUGGACCUCUUCUCCGUCGCCUGCGAGAACUUCGGUCUGGUCAUCAACACGCAGAAUACGGUGGUCAUGCACCAACCGCCAACCACCCCAGCCACUCCUCCUAAAGCGCCGCAAAUCACUAUAAACGGAACCCAACCGCAAUUGGUGGAGACCUUUCCGUACCUGGGCAACACCCUCUCCUCUAAUGCCAAAAUUGAUGACGAAGUCGCUCGCAGGAUCUCCAAAGCCAGUCAAGUCUUCGGUCGCCUCCAACCGAGCACGAAAGUGAAGAUGUACAAGGCCAUCAUCCUGUCGAUGCUGUUGUACGGAGCGGAGACUUGGACGGUGUACACAAAGCAAGCACGCCGUCUGAACCACUUCCACCUCAGUUGUCUUCUUCGCAUUCUGAGGCUGAACUGGCAGGAUCGAAUCCCCGACACAGAAUCUACAUCAUGCUGAGACAAGCGCAACUGCGCUGGAGCGGCCACCUGGUGUGCAUGGACGACGAGCGACUACUUAAACGACUCAUCUACGGAGACGUCGCGACGGGUUUUCGCCGUCAAGGAGGACUAAUUCGCCGAUACGAGGAUACCCUGAAGUCCUCCCUGAAGCGUCUGCAACUUAACCCGACCACCUGGGAAGACGUCGCGCGCGAUCGACUGACCUGGAGGAGGACAGUGAAGACAGGCGCUGCGAUCUACGAAGCCAACCGCAUUGCCGCUGCCAAAGUGAAACGCGAAGCACGCAAAUCACAGCUGCGCCCAGUAGGCAACGCCGACGCACAACCGCUUCCGACGUGCCCUUAAUGUCAACGGACACGAAUCGCACUUAUUGAACACAUCCGGAUCAGCUGCACCUCCCAUACCGCAACAACCGUCGUCCAUCCGCCCGCCUCGUCCUUGUCCUCUCUGCCGCCAACUAACUCUCUCAAUCCUUCUAAACCACAACUUCCAUCUCAUCCUCCUCCUAGUACUCCUUCUUCUCCUGCUCCUGCUCCUCCUCCUUCUCCUCCUCCUCCUCCUCCUCCUCCGCUUCUUCAUCCUUCUCCUCCCUUUACGCCGGCUCCUCUUCCUCAUGCUGCACUGCCCCAUUGACGGCUGCUCUGGCGGCUGUCACUCGCAUCAACACCGCUCCAAUCUCUUACACAAAAGCAGGCACCACCCAUCCAAUAUCCGAAUCCAGAAGUGAGGACCAGGUCCAUGCUGCCCCCACUGCGAUCGCACCUUCACCUCUCGCAUCGGCCUCGUCGGUUACUUGCGAAUCCAUCGCACAGAGACUGGCGAACCAGUGCCUGGUGCACUAA